UUAAAAGUCUUUUCUUAUUUUCUGAGUGGUGAAUAUAUUGGACAAAAACUUAGGGAGAAUGGCUUUGAUCCCAAGGGGAAAGGCACAUUCUCACUGCUGGAUGAUCUGGCUCAUUAUGAUUUAGCUGCAAGUGUGGCUUUAUGGUGGCUGGAGAAAUACAAUGGAAACAGUCCAUUUCAGAGUGAACUUUUAGGAAUCGGCCCUGCUCAGUAUCCCAAUCAUCUUGAAAGAGAAGCUAUGAUACUUUCUUCCUUUGCAGGGAUGCUUUUGAAUAGUUUACCAGUAGAGGACAUCCUGUCUCUGUAUAGCUGCAAGCCAUCUUCCUCUUGCCCUGAUCAAAACACUAAAAGCAGCAUAAUCCACCCCUUCUCCUUAUCCUACCACCCAUUUGCCAUGCUCAGCUCCUUUAAGGCCAUUGACCAUUCACGAAAACACACUCAGAUGCUGAAGCGCUGGAACACCGAACGUAGUCAAGGAGCCUCUGCACUUCAGGAGAAAGUGAAGGCGCCAUCCUCUAGCCCCUUCUCUCACACCUCUUUCAGUGAUAGUGCUGAUUACCUUAAAGAACAAGCAAAACACUAUGAAGGAUCUUGGGACACUCUGCAAGACUGAAGGCUGUACAACCUCAAUCCAUUUUAUUAUACCGUUAAGACUUCCAGUUUUAAAUGAGAUAUUAUGUUUCAAAGAUUACUGGAUUUUUUUAAGUGCUUUGAAUAUUUCACUUGCGCCUAAACUCUUCAGAAGUCUACCAUGUACAUCUACCAUGUACAUCUUCUGUUUAGUAGGUUUUUAUGCCUGAAUGCCCCAGUGACUCAUUCUCAUUAUAGUUUUGCUACUCUUCCACUUUUUCACUCAUUUAAUCUUAGAAUAUCCUUUUUUUUUUUUAAACAUGAGUUUAGACAUAAGUCAGUUUUUCUCCAUUCCAAACUCAUACAUGAACAGACGCAACGCUAACUCCACCUGUGCGGAGAUAAAGUG